CUCAAAUUGAAUCGAUUUUAUCCAGCUCUGGAAGAGAGUAACAGCUUUGUAAGGGGCGGCGGUUUUGUGUUUGCUUAUGGUAAUCGUCUGAGAAAACGAGAAACAAAGAUGGUGGCGGAAGCUGAGGUUGUUUGUCAACAGAGCGUCCCGGUGUUGGACGUUUCUUUUUUCGGUAAAGGAAGUAACAUCGAGGAGGUUGAUGAAAUUGUCGCGAUUUCCUCGCCCAAGUUCGGGAAACUUGCUGGUGUCGAUUGUGUUACCGCCGAUUUAUCAUCGGCCUCUCAUUUGGAUGUAAAAUCUCAGGAAAAAGUCCCUGAUCCAAGCAUUGAAUCUAUGAUCCUGCAGUUUGUUCCAGAAAUCCGAUCGGGUAGCUUUGCGGAUAUCGGACCCAGGAGAUACAUGGAAGAUGAACACAUUAGAAUAGAUGAUCUAUCUUCACAUUUGGGACCCCUUUUAAAGUUCCCAAAGCCUAGUGCUUUUUAUGGGGCGUUUGAUGGCCAUGGAGGCCCUGAAGCAGCCGCUUACAUAAGGAAACACGUCCUUCGAUUCUUUUUCGAAGAUGUCGAUUUUCCACAGACUUGUGAAGUUAACGAUGUUUUCAUGGAAGGGGUUGAGAACUCCCUUAGUAAAUCAUUUCUUCUUGCAGACCUCGCUCUUGCGGAUGAUUGUACUGUGAAUAGCUCUUCUGGAACAACAGCGCUUGUUGCUAUGAUAUUGGGAAGAGUUCUAAUGGUGGCCAAUGUUGGCGAUUGCCGAGCAGUUCUCUGUCGGAAAGGGGAGGCAAUAGAUAUGUCCGAAGACCACAGGCCUAUUUAUCCAUCGGAACAGAGGAGGGUUGAAGAGUUGGGUGGGUUUAUAGAUGAUGGGUAUCUGAAUGGUGUUCUAUCAGUUUCCCGAGCCUUGGGGGAUUGGGACAUGAAGUUCCCCAAGGGCUCUUCGUCGCCUCUCAUUGCAGAGCCCGAGUUUCGACAAAUGAUUCUAACAGAAGAUGACGAGUUCCUCAUCAUAGGGUGUGAUGGGAUAUGGGACGUUAUGUCAAGUCAGCAUGCGGUCAGCCUAGUUCGAAGAGGAUUGCGGCGGCACGAUGAUCCCGAGCAAUGUGCAAGAGACCUUGUCAGGGAGGCCUUACGUCACAACACAUUCGAUAAUCUCACGGUGAUCAUGGUAUGCUUUUCUUCAGGCGAUCAGCGGGAGCAGCAACCAUCUCCUAGGCCGAGAAGAUUGAGGUGUUGCAGCCUGUCCGCGGAGGCCCUGUCUAGCUUGAGGAGGAGCUUGUUGGAUGCGAAUGGGAAUUGGUGAAAGUAAAUAGGGUAAACCAUUAAAACUGUUUAUGGCUGCUUCAGUAAAAGCUACC